CUAAUUGUUGAUGGUGAGCUGAGCAGCUCAUUUCAUUCUCUCUCUCUCUCUGUUCCUCUCUUCAUUCUUCUAUGCAUUCUUCAAAGAUUCCAUCAAUCUCCGGUCCACCACCAUUCGAUUACACAAUCAUCGCCUUUUGGCCUUUACUUUUUAAACUUUGAAAUUUGUAUAUUAUGUAAAUAUUAUCGCUACUGCUAUUAUUAUCUCUUUUUGUUACUUCUCAUAAAAAAAACGAAACAUCAUCAUAUACUUUUCAGCUUGUACCGGAGGGGAAGAGGAGGGUGGAGAAGUGGGUCUCUAUAUUUCCAUGAAAUUCAGCUGAUACAGAAAUAUUAGCAGUUGGGUGGGUCGGGUCGGGUCUGGGAUGCUUUGAUUGGUGGCUGCCGGUGGUGGGUAUUGUCCAUAGUUAUCAUCUUGGCCUUAACUCCAGAAUCAAUCAGGAACUCAACCUUUGAGCAACACCUUGUCAUUGAACUUCUUGUCUUGAUCUAAGAUUUUGAAACUCAUGACUGGGAUUGAUGAUAGUGUUGCUAUGAUUGGAGAUUGGGUUCCUCCAAGUCCAAGCCCUAGAGCCUUUUUCUCAGCACUAUUGGGUGAUGAUAUCAGCACAAGAUCAAUCUUAGAAUCUCCUGAAGAAAAUAAAAGUGAGGGGCACUUCAUGGGAUCUCAGGAGCAGAUGACAUCGGGAAGUCCUGACAACAAGGAUGCAGCCCUAAGAGGUGAUCAGAUGACUCAGUUAGGUUCACUUUCUGAGCAGAAAUCCAGUUCACGGGGAGGUCUUGUGGAAAGGAUGGCAGCCAGAGCUGGUUUUAAUGCUCCGAGGUUGAAUACAGAAAAUAUUAGGUCAACUGACCUCUCUCCGGAGGCUGAAGUUUGGUCUCCUUACUUGACCAUACCCCCUGGUCUCAGUCCAACAACACUGCUGGAUUCUCCAGUUUUUCUCUCAAACUCAUCGGCACAGCCAUCUCCAACAACUGGGAAGUUCCCGUUUACUACAAAUGGUAACAAGAGCUCUAUAAUGAUACCUGAGGCUACUCAUAAAAGUAAAGAAAAUUUCUUUGAGGACGUGAAUACAUCAUCAUUUGCGUUCAAGCCUCCUGCUGAAUCGGGUUCCUCAUUUUUCUUUGCUUCAAUGAGCAAAGUACAUCCAGCUACUCUUCAACAGCAAUUUUCUAGCAUCGAUGUAUCUUUUCAUUCUGCAAAUUCUCUUCAGUGUAAUGGUGGACCGGCCAAAGUCCAAUCACAGAAUGGGAACAAUGUCCAUCUUCCGGCAGAUUUAUCCAGGUUGUCAUCUGAAAAAGAUGACAGGGGUAACACAUUGACAACUGAUCAGAGGGUCUUUGAUAAUGUUGGUAGUAGUGCUGAGCAUUCUCCACCACUUGAUGAGCAACAUGAUGAAGGGGAUCAGAGAGCCAGUGGAGAUUCCAUGCUUGCAAGUAGUGGUGGUGCCCCAUCUGAGGAUGGAUAUAACUGGAGAAAGUAUGGACAGAAGCAAGUUAAAGGCAGUGAGUAUCCACGAAGUUAUUACAAGUGCACCUAUCCAAAUUGUCAGGUGAAGAAGAAAGUGGAACGAUCCCAUGAAGGCCACAUAACAGAGAUUAUAUACAAGGGAGCCCACAACCACCCCAAACCUCCACCUAAUCGUCGAUCAGUCAUUGGUUCAUCCAAUCCCCUCACUGACUUGCAACCGGAAGCCCCUGAUCAAACUGGACCACAGAGUAAUGCUGAUAAUGAUCCAGUUUGGGCAAGUACACAAAGAGGAACCACAGGGGGUACUCCUGAUUGGAGGCAGGACAACGUAGAGGUGACGUCAGCAUCCAUUGGCCCUGAGUUCGGCAACCCAUCUACUUCUUUGCAGGCUCAGAAUAGAAACCACUUUGAAUCAGGUGAUGCAGUGGAUGCCUCAUCUACCUUUUCUAAUGACGAGGAUGAAGAUGAUCGUGGAACACAUGGCAGUGUAUCACUAGGUUAUGAUGGUGAAGGUGAUGAAUCAGAGUCAAAGAGAAGGAAAAUUGAAACGUAUGCAACAGAAAUGAGUGGAGCCACCAGAGCCAUUCGUGAGCCAAGAGUCGUGGUCCAGACAACCAGUGAGGUGGAUAUCCUUGAUGAUGGUUAUCGCUGGCGCAAGUAUGGACAGAAAGUUGUGAAAGGAAAUCCAAAUCCUAGGAGUUACUACAAGUGUACUAAUGCAGGCUGCACCGUAAGGAAGCAUGUGGAGAGGGCUUCUCAUGAUCUUAAAUCUGUGAUCACCACAUAUGAAGGAAAGCACAAUCAUGUAGUCCCUGCUGCUCGCAAUAGUAGUCAUGUCAAUUCCGGCAACUCUAACUCUGUGCCUGCCCAAGCUGGUGCUGUUCAAGCACAUGUACACCGGCCUGAGCCAUCACAAGUUCACAACAUGUCAAGGUUUGAGAGGCCUGCUUCACUUGGUUCAUUUAGCCUACCCGGUAGGCAGCAGAUGGGGACUUCUCCUGGCUUCUCUUUUGUAAUGAAUCAACCAGGCCUGGCCAAUCUGGGUAUGGCUGGGUUGGGUCCUGGUCAAUCAAAGUUGCCAGUUCUACCUGUCCGCUCAUAUAUGGCUUCACAACACCAAGUGAAUGACAUGGGUUUCAUGUUGCCAAAAGGAGAACCAAAAGUGGAACCUGUUUUGGAUCCUGGUAUGAACUUAUCGACCAAUUCGGCUUUAUAUCAGCAACUUAUGAGUAGGUUACCACUUGGUCCGCAAAUGUAAUAUUUUCUUUUUGAAGUCUUAAAACCAAUUUUAUUAUUUCUCUUAUUCUCUCGAAAAGAACAGGAGAUUUGCUUUUCUACAUAUAUAUUGAAAUGGACAUAUCUCUGGUGAUCCAUUACACUGCUCAUUGUUGGAAAUGACGUUAUGUAAUACUACCGCACCUAGACCUAUUGAGUUGCUUUCCUUUU